UCUAUCUAUUUCUAUGUCUCCACCACAUGCAGCAGACAGUGGACAUUUUUGACAUUACGCGAAAUAAGUUGGAUACGACCUUUACAGUUUUGUGGUCUCCUGUGAGUACGUGAAAGGGAAUGUCGAACGGUGAAAGAUCGGUUAAUGAGGUGCAUCGGAACGGCAAUAUUAUGGCUCAAGAGAAGCUCCUGGAAGGUUAUGUGGGCUUUGCCAAUCUCCCAAACCAAGUGUACAGAAAGUCCGUCAAGAGAGGCUUCGAGUUCACUCUCAUGGUCGUGGGUGAAUCUGGUUUGGGGAAGUCUACACUGAUCAACUCCCUCUUCCUGACAGACUUGUAUUCUCCCGAAUACCCUGGUCCCUCCCACAGAAUCAAGAAGACAGUACAGGUGGAGCAGUCCAAGGUGCUGGUAAAGGAAGGAGGAGUUCAGCUGCUUCUCACCAUCGUUGACACCCCAGGGUUCGGGGACGCUGUCGACAACAGUAACUGCUGGCAGCCAGUUAUCGAUCACAUCGACAGUAAGUUUGAGGAUUACCUCAACUCAGAGUCCCGGGUCAACAGACGGCAGAUGCCUGACAACAGAGUGCACUGCUGCCUCUACUUCAUUGCCCCCUCUGGACACGGGUUGAAGCCUCUUGAUAUAGAGUUCAUGAAGCGGUUACAUGAAAAAGUGAACAUCAUCCCCCUCAUCGCCAAAGCGGACACAAUGACUCCUGAGGAGUGCCAACAGUUCAAGAAGCAGAUCAUGCGAGAAAUCACAGAGCACAAAAUCCAGAUCUACGAGUUCCCAGAGACCAACGAUGAGGAGGAGAACAAGAUGGUCAAGAAGAUCAAGGAUCGCUUGCCCCUGGCUGUUGUUGGUAGCAACACCAUCAUCGUGGUCAACGAGAAGCGGGUGAGAGGGAGGCAGUACCCCUGGGGCGUGGCGGAAGUGGAGAAUGGAGAGCACUGUGACUUCACCAUCCUGAGGAACAUGCUCAUCAGAACCCACAUGCAGGACCUGAAGGAUGUGACCAACAACGUCCACUAUGAGAACUACCGCAGCAGGAAGCUAGCAGCCGUCACAUACAACGGAGUGGACAACAACAAGAACAAGGGACCAAUGACCAAAUUUGACACAAGUGAAGGCAUGAGUCCCCUGGCCCAGAUGGAGGAGGAGAGGAGGGAGCACGUGACCAAAAUGGAGAAGAUGGAGAUGGAAAUGGAGCAGGUGUUUGAGAUGAAGGUCAAGGAGAAGAUCCAGAAGCUCAAAGACUCUGAGCUAGAGCUCCAGCGGCGCCAUGAGCAGAUGAAGAAGAACCUGGAGGCCCAGCACAGGGAGCUGGAGGAGAAGAGACGCCAGCUGGAGGACGAGAAGCACAACUGGGAGGCACAGCAGAGGGUGCUGGAGCAACAGAAACUAGACGCAUCCAGGACCCUGGAAAAGAACAAAAAGAAGAAGAUAUUUUAAAAGUAUUUCGGGAAGACCACCGUGUGACAAUGUACUGGUUGCCAUUUUACCAACCUGGACUGUCAGUUUGUCUGUCGACCAACAACCUGUUACUGUGUGUAUGCAUGAAGGAGCAGUGUGUUAUGUCUGGGGGAAGUGGGUUCUACCUGGGGUCCUACAUUAGACCCACUGUCACAGACAGUCCUGGAACAUGUCUCCUUUCUGUUCUCUCCUCCCCAAAGACCUUUCUUAUUCUUCCUGAAAUGGGCAUGUUAGACUGUUGUACAAUCAUGUUUUUUGGUUCGCAGUUCUCAAGCACACACGCAGUCCCACGCACAAAAAACUACCCAGGUAUGAGCUAUUUCAUGAUUUCAGAGAAGAUUUCAUUUUCUUUUUGAAACCCAGAAUGCCACAAGACUUCUUGCUUUCUUAUCCUCUUUCUAGUUAGAUGACCUUGGAGACUGCACGACUUUGUUGUAGUGUUCUAUUUAACGCCAAAUGACCAAACUGUGGAGUAGGAAGCUACACACCAAGCUACACACCUCAGGCGUUUUUGUUUUUAUAACAAUUUUUGUUAUUUAGUUAUCAUUAUUUUUUGGCCCUCAUCCAAAAAUAUUAUCCUCUUCCAUUUCUUGUCGUUUAAAUAAUCUAGCCAUGGACCGCAGUGUAUAACUUCAGUCAUGUUAGAACGUUUCAUUGCUGGUUAUUUUGUCUUUUUUUUCUCUCUCUAUUAUAUUGGCCCUGCUACAGUAAUCAUUACAUUUUUCAUUUUAUGUUUGUAGGCAUUUCUCCAUUCUGGUCUUUGAGGUUUACUGUGCAUACUGGACUGCACUCCAGCUGCUACACAGUAGGCCCCCUUGACCAGGGCUGGGAAACCCUGUUUUUGAAGACGGUGGGGGAGGAAAGUCUGGUUGUUAAAACUCAACCCAUUAACAUAACCCUGUUGUUGUUUACUUACAAUGACCAAUGACUGUAAACAAGUCUGUAUUGACUGUAAUAAACAACGAUGGGGUUCCCUUCCCUUACAUCACAUUUAACUCUGUUCAUGUAAUGCAUCUCUGUAUUUCUUUUUUAUUUUGUUUUUAUUGUAGUCAUAAUAAACUUGUGAUGAUACAA